UGGAAUCGGUGGAAAGAAGUCCCUAUCAAUAGUUUCCUAAGUCUAUGAUCACGAACGUUCUAGAGUUCCGCCAUUUCGCAUCCCAUGUGAGCUCACCCUUAAUCAAAUUCAAUUGCUAUUUUGCACUCGGUGAGUGAAGUGACUGUGAGUGUAACAUCGAACGCACCCAACUCACCUAGCGAACUGUUGCCGUUGUUAUCGCUAGCCCCGCUAGCGUACCACAUAACCUAGACAUUUUUUUUAUUCGAUAGAAUUUUCUUUCUCUCAGUAGUCAUAACAUAAAUUGAGAGAAACUUGCAAAGUUACCUUGACUUUUCGAAUCAGUGGAAUUUGUUAAAAGCCACCUCGAUGCCGAAAUACUAUUGCGACUAUUGCGAUACUUAUUUGACACAUGACUCGCCGAGCGUGCGGAAGACUCAUUGCCAGGGUCGAAAGCACAAGGAUAACGUGAAGUAUUUCUACCAGAAAUGGAUGGAGGAGCAGGCCCAGCAUUUGAUCGACGCAACAACGGCCGCGUUCAAGGCUGGUAAAAUCGCCUCCAACCCCUUCGCGGCCAACAAAGGCGCGGCGAUACCACCGCCGCCGAAUCUUGGCUCUAACCUUGGUUCGAGAUCCGGAGUACCGCCUCAGGGACCCCCUGGAAUGAUGCCACCGCCGGGUAUGCAUCCAGCUGGUCCGAUGGGACCAGGAGGCCCAAUGAUGAUGGGUCCACAUGGACCCAUGCCACCACCUAUGAUGGGUAUGAGACCGCCCAUGAUGGGGCCGAUGGGGCCAAUGGGUCCUAUGAUGGGUCCUAUAGGCCCUAUGGGACACAUGAGACCACCGAUGAACGGACCACCACCACCAAUGGUUGGCCCACCACCGAUGAAAAAAUAACAAUCAGAUUUAAGGACUCUUAUCUCUUGUGUAUAAUAUUGGAUGAUUGAAACAAAACUAAACUUUGUGGAUGUGAUUACUAGAACAGUGUUAUAUAUUAAAUUAUAUACAUUGUAUGCUUAUGAAUUCAGUACAACUGUGGAAGUAACUAUGGAAUUAUGAUUAAGAACUUUCUAUAAUACUUUGAUUUGUGUCGAAUGCCAAAUUUCUUCAUUUCUAGAUAACUAUAUCCAUAUGGUAAUUUUUAUUAAAAUUCAGAUACAUUUUGUAUAAAGAAAACAAAUUUUUACUUAAUUGACAAACAUCUGUAUCUGGAAGAUAGGUACUGGAAAGUGUGAAGAAAUUAGGCAUAAAUGAUCCAGGAAUUUGUUCCCUAGUAAAUGUAACAAUUAUCAAUUUGAGAAUAAUACAUUUUACUUUAUGUCAGUAAUGUAGCAUUGGGUUAUAAUAAUAAUUAAAAUACAAAAUUUCUCAGGUAUCAAAUAAAAUAUGUGAUUUAAACUUCAAAUUGUUAAAUUUUCAAUUGUAUUGUUAAGAUAAAUUUGUAAAUACAAUAUUAUAAUAUUUAACAAAUCAAUUAAAACAUCACAAUAAUAAACUUGACAUACAUACUAUCUG